AUGGGGAAAAAUACCCUUACAAAAUUUUCAUUCUCCUUCAUCCUCUUCAUCUCCAUCCUCACCGCCGAAUCAAACAACGUCUUGGCAGCCCACGCCAAACACCAAUAUGGAAAUGAGAAGCUAAGCAAUUUUACGGUAUACUGGCACGACAUACUCAGCGGUCACGAUCCCACAUCGGUAUCCAUCGUCUCUCCCCCACCCUAUCCUAAUAAAAACAACUCCAUUUUCGGGUGGGUCCAAAUGAUCGACAACAAACUGACCCUGGACGGCGACCCGAAAUCCAAAAGCAUCGGUCGGGCCCAAGGGUUUUACGCAGUGGCCUCACUCGAUCCAAAGGACUUAGCCCUGUUAAUGACGAUGAACUUCUAUUUCACCGACGGAAAAUACAAGGGCAGCACGCUGGAGAUACUCGGGAGGAACGCCUUUAUGAAUAAAGUGAGGGAGAUGCCUAUUGUCGGAGGGUCGGGAUUUUUCCGGUUCGCUAGAGGCUACGCUCUCCUCUCUACGAAAAUGUUCAAUCAGUCAACUGGGGACGCUAUAGUUAAGUAUGAUCUGUAUGUGAUGCAUUAUUGA